AUGACACCAACUGAGGCACCACGGGAGAAGAACGCUGAUCGAAUCCGUGACUCACUGGGUGAGAAAUCUCCACUAUCCAGGUCCACUAAAUUCCAGAUAGAUGACCACGUCCGACUGGUGAAGCAGAAACGACAUUUCGAGAAAGGAUACACUCCGAACUGGACUGAGGAGGUAUUCAGGAUCACCGAUAUUCUCCCGACCAGACCCACUACGUACUCUGUCAAGGACCUCGAUGGUGAACCCGUUGAUGGGUCGUUCUAUGAACAAGAGCUCCAGAAAACUACUCAAGAAAUCUACCGGAUCGAGAAAGUGCUCCGAAAGGACAACAAGAAGAAACAAGCCCUUGUGAGGUGGAAAGGCUACUCGGCAAGAUUCGACAGCUGGGUGCCGUUUGAUCAACUCAGCUGGUUGUGA